AGAGGGAGAGCGGUAGUUUUUGGACACACUUCUCUGCGUCUGACCAAUCGGCACCAGAGGGCGGAGCUCCUCCUUUGGCCGCCAUUAAAGAGAGCAAUCCAUGAAUUCAAAUGGAAACCAGCAGGACUUGAAAUCACAAUCAUGAGUAGCCUGACUUUUUAAUUAGUUUUACUGGUGUUAAGACUUACGUUGAAUUGAUGAAAUGUUGUACUAGAAUACGAAGUCGGAAGAUCACAGAGACUACUGAGGGUGAAUUUGCGGCUGGUCACCUUAGCUUCACAGAGAUACAACCAGUUAGCGUUAGCUAGUUUGUAUGCUAACUGUAGUUAGCGAGCUGGCUAACUAGCUUUCUAGCUAAAGUGCCAAGCAAAGGGGGAGGGGAGAGUUGUCUGCACACCUCUGGUGUUUUUUAGUAAUAUUUAUUUUUAAGUUAUGAGUGCUUUGGAGUAUUGACCAUGGUGGUGUUUUUAAUUCGGGUAGUUAGACAAGCGCUGCGUUCGCUUGUUUUUCAUUUCUUUUAGAACAAGCACUCAGACAAAACAGUCGAGGUUUUGAUGAAUUGGCGAGAGCUCUAGCAAGCCAGGUAAUAGCACUUUACAACGAGUUGUUUCAAAGCCGGUGUGUGAUCAAAUAUUUCAAAUUUGAUACUGCUCCACAUCACUCUUCUUGCGGCCUGAAAUAAUGGAUUAUUCGACGACCACCCUUUGAAGAUGAGUUCUUGUUUUGUACCAAACGGGGCGAGCCUGGAGGACUGCCAUUCCAAUCUAUUUUGUCUGGCGGACCUGACUGGCAUCAAAUGGCGCUGCUUCGUGUGGCAGGGACCCACCUCGUCGCCCAUCGUCUUCCCCGUGACGGAGGAGGACCCCAUCCUGUGCAGCUUCAGCCGCUGCUUGAAGGCCGACGUGCUGAGCGUGUGGCGGCGCCACCAGACUCCGGGGCGCAGGGAGCUCUGGCUCUUCUGGUGGGGCGACGACCCCAACUUCGCCGAGCUCAUCCACCACGAGCUCUCCAGUAAUGAGGAGGGACUGUGGGAGAGUGGGCUGUCCUAUGAGGCGCGGACGCUGCUCUUCAAGGCCGUCCACAACCUGCUGGAGCGCUGCCUGCUCAACCGCUGCUUCGUCCGCAUCGGACGCUGGUUCGUCAAGCCCUACGAGAAGGACGAGAAGCCCAUCAACAAGAGUGAGCACCUGUCCUGCUCCUUCACCUUCUUCCUGCAUGGCGACAGCAACGUGUGCACCAGCGUGGAGGUCAACCAGCACCAGCCCGUGUACCUGCUCACGGAGGAGCACCUCUCGCUGGCACAGCAGUGCCCCGGUCCCUUCCAAGUUAUUCUGAGUCCGUACGGCCUGUGCGGUACUCUCACUGGACAGUCCUUUAAGCUGUCGGACCCCCCCACCCAGAAGCUGCUGGGGGAGUGGAAGCAGUUCUAUCCCAUCAGCCCUAGCACCAAGCCUGCGCCUGACGACCGCCCCGAUGACAUCGAAUGGGAGGAUGACUCUCUGGGCGCUGUCGAGGUGCUUGUCGCGGGCGUUAGGAUGGUGUACCCGGCCUGUCUGGUUUUGGUGGCCCAGUCUGACAUCCCAGUCAUGGCUCCCUCAGGACCCGCCUUCUGCUCCAGCAGCCUCUACGCCAUUGGCCAGCCCUCUGGCCCCGCCCACAGAGAUCACGCCUUCUGCUCUGUCACUCUCACACCCCCAACAUCACCGGAGGAGUUUCAGACAGACUCCCAGCCCCCUCAGAAGUGGGUGAAGAGCUCCUCCUCGGCGUUAGACGGCUUGAGGUCCGACAGCAGUAGUCACCACGGAGGCAAGGUCCCUCGCAGGCUGGCCACGCAGCUGCUCCAGUGUGUGUGGCAGGAGUGCAACCUCAACCGUGCACACAAGAGGAAAUUCUCCUCCCUCACCAGUGGGGCGUCUGAAGAGGAGGCGCAGAAAACCACCAGCUGGGACUUUGUGGAGACGACACACAGGACCACAUGCAACUGCUCCAGGCACAAGAGCCAGAAGCAGCGCUCAGGACCCCCCCCAGGCCACCCCACCCCGCCCUCUCUGGGCCAGCCGGCCCCCUCGGCCCUCAAACACAAGCUGGGGGAGAAGCCUGAGAAGACGGAGAAGCAGUCCAAGCGUCCCCAGACCCCCUUCCACCACCGCAACUCCCUGUGCGAGGACCCCAGUCUGGAGGGGGGGACCCCGAGACUGUGCCUGAGGGGGGGCGACGGCCCCCACUACCCCCCCCACGCCAGCACCGCCGCCUCCUCAUGCUCCUCCUCCUCCACGCCCUCCUCCAAACCCCCCCCACUCCACUCCAGCACAGAUCCCGCCUCCUCUGAACUCAGCCCCUCCCCCCUGCCACCACCCCUCAGCCCCCACCCCUGCGACCUAGAGGACAGCCACACCCACAAGCCGUCCCACAAUCCUUUGCACCUGUACCCUGCCCCCGGCUCCUGCGCCCCGGGCUCGUGUCUGCCCCCUCAGAAACACUGCCCUCUGGGCGCCCUGCCCCCGCUCACUCAAGCUUACCCACAAUGCCUUGAGCCCACUGUGUUUGUGGGUGCGGCUGUUGAUCCCCAGCAGGACUCCGCCCCCAACCCCUGGCGCUACUACAAGUUGCCUAGACGACGACAUGCUGACUUUCCCGGCCCUCAACUUCCUGCCGACCGGUUUAAGGAGGACACACACACUACUGCAGACACUACCAUCUCAGUUACAGAGGUCAUGGCGUCGUCGCGACGGCCUCUGAAGGUGUGUGAGGAGCGGGUGAAGAUGUACGUGCAGCGCCAGGCUCCACAGCUGACGAGGGUGCUCUCGGACAGGGAGACGGAGGAGGACGCCGACCCAUACGCCUUCCUGGAGGGGGAUGAGGAGUUCAGCUUCGCAGAGAAGGACAAGAUGUUGGCUGAGAGGGAGAACAAGAGGAACAAGAAGGAGGACGGCAGUGCAACAGCAGCAGAUGACGACCAGGAAGCGGCUGGCAGUAAGUGUGUUCCCUCCACCAGUCUGAUCCACGACUCCGACCUCACGGUGUCCAUCAACGACCUGGAGCACCUGUUCAACUCUGACGAGGACGAGAACACGCCUGGAUCCAGGAGAGCAGCGUUGGGAGCUGAGGAUCGCUUUAACAGCCGUGAGCCCAGACCAUCGGCUCCAGACCCCCUGUCCUGCAUCAGCUCAGCAGACCUGCACAAGAUGUUCCCCACCCCCCCCUCUCUGGAGCAGCACAUCAUUGGCUACUCUCCCAUGAAUGUUGGCAGUAAGGAGUACGGUGGCCUGGAGGGCCCAGGAGGCACCACGCUGCUGGACGGAUCAGGCCUGAGCAGCGGCUUCAAGCUGGAGGUGGAGGAGGGCUUCUGCAGCCCCAGACCCUGCGAGAUCAAGGACUUCUCCUUCGUGUUUAAGCCCGAGGCGUGCCAGGCGUUCACGGGCUGCACGCUCUUCGCCCCUCUGAAGGCCCUGCCCAGCCACUGUCUGGUGCCCAUCAGGGUGCCCGAGGAGUGUGUGUACAGACCCAGCUGGACCCUGGAGAAACUGGAGCUGCUGCAGUCAAUGCCCACCAUCAGUAACAUCCCAAGCGAACCCCCCGAACCAGAUUACACCCAGGCCUACACACCCCUCCACUCCAACAGUGCGCCACCUAGCAACAGCGCCACGCCUGGGAUCAUGCCCUCCCCUUCCCCUGCCACGCCCCGUUUCUCUGCCCCUACCCCCCGGACCCCGCGGACCCCCCGCACCCCCCGCGGCCCCGCCAGCGCUCAGGGCUCCGUGAAGUACGAGCAGUCGGACCUGUACUCGCCCGCCUCCACCCCCUCCACCUGCCGCCCCCCCACGGUGCCGCUGCUGCCCGAGGCCCACAGCCUGUACGUCACGCUCAUCCUGUCCGAGUCGCUGCUCAACCUGUUCAAGGACUGCAGCUUCGACAGCUGCUGCUUGUGUGUGUGCAACAUGAACCUGCGAGGGGCGGACGUGGGCGUGUACCUCAGCGAGGUCUCCGCCCCCCUGGACCCCCCCGCCGAGGCCUGCUCCUGCGGCUUCAGCGCCGUCGCCAACCGCCGCUAUGGCAACGGUGCCGGCUUGUUCCUGGAGGAUGAGCUGGACAUCGUGGGACGGGGCUCGGACGCAGCGAGGGACGCGGAACGCUACCUGGAGGCCAUAAGGACGGCGACAGCCAACCGGGAACGUCUCCCUGACAACGUGCUCCUCCUCCUCCAGGACCAGUGCACCAAUCCUUUCUCCCCGCUCACCACACUGGACACACCCCCACACCCCCUGGCACGCCCCCCGCAGCGCCUGGAGGACAGGGAUCACCGUGGCGACUGUUACAUGGCGCUGGAGCACGGCAGGCAGUUCAUGGACAACAUGUCAGGAGGGAAGGUGGACGAGGCACUGGUCAGGAGCUCCUGCCUGCACCACUGGGCCAAGAGCAACACUGUGGACGUGAGUAAGCUGUUUUCUCAGGACGUGUUGCGGAUGCUGCUGUUUCUGCAUCCUGUGCUGCAGGAUUCCAUUCAGAAGAAGCGCACCAUGCGCUCAUGGGGGGUCCAGGGCCCCCUCACAUGGCAGCAGUUCCACAAGAUGGCUGGUCGGGGCUCCUACGGCACAGACGAGUCUCCGGAGCCCCUCCCCAUCCCCACCUUCCUGCUGGGCUAUGAGUGUGACUAUGUGGUGCUGUCUCCGUUCGGCCUGCCCUACUGGGAGAAGCUGCUGCUGGAGCCCUACGGCUCCCACAGAGACCUGGCCUACGUGGUGCUCUGCCCCGACAACACGGCGCUGCUGGCCAGGGCCCGGGACUUCUUCAAGGACCUCAGCGCUGUCUACGAGGCAUGUCGACUGGGCCGACACCGCCCCAUCUGCUCCUCCCAUCCAGACGGAAUUGUGCGGGUGGGCGGUACCAGCCCUGUCACGCCUCCUCCUGAGCAGACGCUCAGUGAUUGGUUCCUGAAGAGCUCCACCCCCAGCAACAGCGAAGCCCUCGCCCGGCUCAAACUCUUUGCCCACGUGUGCCGGCACGAGCUCGCUCCGUACUUGGCCUCUCAGUCGCUGGACGUCUCCCUGCUCUCCCAGAGCUCCCCCACCUCCUCCUCCUCUUCCUCUUCCACCACCACCACCACCACCACCACCACCUCCUCCACCUCCUCCUCCUCCUCCACCACUACCAGUGGCUCCAUACCCAGCGCCCCCCAGGCCAUGCCCAGCAGCCUGCCCUCGUUCGGAGCCUCCGGCCCGCAGCCCCCCGCCCAGCAGAGCACCGCUCAGCCUGGAGAGAAUCCCAACCAGACUCCGACUCAGACCCCCUCUGAGCCGCUUGAGAGCACUUUGAAGCGGGAGAAGGUAGGCGUGCCCACGGAGGGGGACUCCCAUGCGCUCAGCUACCCCCCUGCCAUCGUUGUGUACGUGCUGGACCCCUUCAGCUACGAGGAGACGGGCAGCACCGGCACCAACACCAACACCCUCUGGACCCUGGGGCUGCUGCGCUGCUACGCAGACAUGCUACAGGGGCUGCCCCCACACAUCAGGAACUCUGUUAGCAUACAGAUCGUGCCAUGCCGGUACCUGCUGCAGCCGGUGCACACUAAAGAGCUGAAGCAGUACUCUCAGCACCUGAAGUCUCUGGCCUUCUCCGUCUACACCCAGUGCCGACGCCCGCUCCCCUCUGCCUCCAACAUCAAGACCCUCACCGGCUUCGGCCCUGGCCUCGCCCUGCACGAAGCCCUCAAGGACCCGCAGCGGCCGGAGUGUGUGCACCUGUACACCCCUCCCUUCAUCCUGGCGCCGGUGAAGGACAAGCAGACGGAGCUGGGCGAGACGUUCGGCGAGGCGGCGCAGAAGUACAGCGUGCUCUUCCUGGCCUACUGCCUGUCACAUGACCAGCGCUACCUCCUGGCCUCCUGCACAGACCAGCACGGGGAGAUGCUCGAGACCUGCGUCAUCAACAUCGAUGUCCCCAACCGGGCUCACAGGAGAAAGGGUUCAGCCCGCCGUCUGGGACUGGAGAAGCUGUGGGAGUGGUGUUUGGGCCUCGUCCAGAUGACAUCAGUACCAUGGAGGAUCGUGAUUGGCCGAUUGGGCAGGAUAGGACAUGGAGAGCUACGAGACUGGAGCAUCCUGCUGAGUCGGAGGCGUCUGCAGUCGGAGACGAGGCGUCUGAGGGACAUGUGUCGCAUGUGUGGCAUCUCCGCUUCGGACACUCCCAGCAUCCUCAGUGCCUGCCUCGUCGCCAUUGAGCCACAGGCCUCCUUUUUCGUCAUGCCAGACUCUGUGUCCACGGGCUCUGUGUUCGGGCGCAGCACGACCCUGAACAUGCAGACGUCCCAGCUGAGCACGCCUCAGGACACGUCCUGCACACACAUCCUCGUCUUCCCCACCUCCGCCUUCGUCCAGGUCACCAGCGCCAGCUACACCACAGACACCGACCUGGGCUUCAACGCCAACGAUGGAGCUGAUGGCAUGGGAGGGAUGGAUGGGAUUCUGGACCUGCUGGUGUCAGAGAACGACCUGGUGGAUCCGGACCUCAUCAACAUCCUGCCCAACUCCCCCACCACCUCCCCCGUACACUCGCCAGGGUCGCACUACCACCACGGAGGAGACGGCAGCAAGGGUCAGAGUUCAGACAGGAUGGAUGCUCGUGAGGAGACGCCCAACAUCCUGCAGCAGCCUCUGGCUCUGGGCUACUUUGUGUCCACGGCCGCUGCCGGGCCUCUGCCGGCCUGGUUCUGGUCUGCCUGUCCACAGGCUCAGCACCAGUGCCCUCUCUUCCUGAAGGCUUCUCUGCAUGUGCACGUCUCCUCUGUGCAGUCAGACGAGUUCCUCCACAGCAAACACUCCCACCCCCUGGACUCCAACCACACGUCAGACGUGCUGAGGUUUGUGUUGGAGCAGUACAACGCCCUCUCCUGGCUGACCUGCAACCCUGCGACACAGGACCGGCGCUCAUGUCUGCCUGUGCACUUUGUGAUGCUCACACAGAUGUACAACUUUAUCAUGAACAUGCUGUAGGCACACACACACACACACACACACACACACACACACGCUCUGCCGGACCCUGCUGUAGAGUCACACCAUGUGCGUGCGGCUCAUUCAGUGACCGUCUCCACGACCAGAGGCUCCCUCGCGGCCACGCUGGUCUCUGCUGGUUUUGAUCUCUCACACACACACACACACACACACACACACACACACACACACGCGCUGGUCUCUGCUGGUUUUUAUGUGCUUUUAGUGCACACUCUAGCGCCACCACAAGGGGGAGCUAGCCAAGGUAGUUCACCCCUGAUGUCACUGCUCAAGGUGCUGCCCCGUACCCACAGGUUGGGUGUAACUGCCCCCUUUGGGGCAUGUAGGCCAGGUUGGGUGUAACUGCCCCCUUUGGGGCAUGUAGGCCAGUGUCUGUUUGAAAUAACUGGAGGAAUGACUGACGUGACGUGAGACUCACUCCUAAGAGUCUCCACUCUUCAGAGGUUUUUUCAGUCACCCAGAGUUUCAAUACCUGGGCAAAGAGUUUUAUCUUGUGAAAAGGCCUGCAUAUAUAUCUUAUUUAUUGUACGUUUCUAAGUGUGUAAUUUCUUAAUCUUUUAUAUAUUAAAAGCUCCGAGGGCUGCAUUAAAAGUCUAUGUAAUUGUCUUAAUUCUGAGCCGGAGGUGCACGUCUGAGGGUGUGCGUCUGGGCUGCUUUUAGAGAAUUAUUUUUCCAGAGAUGAGAUGUUUCUAUGGGCGUGCAGGGGAGCCCACGCCCGCCCCCGCCCGCUCGCCCGCUGCUCAGGCCAUGCACAGCUGCUUACACUGCAAAUAAGAGGACAAGAGCCAGAUUGUCGGAUUAUAUAUUUUAUAUGACAGAUUAAGAGGUGUGUGUGUGAGCGUGUGUGUGAGCGUGUGUGUGUGUGUGCAUGUGUAUAUAUGUCUACAGACAGAAGUGUGGCAUUAUGGCUGGUGCAGGUCAUGUUUUAGAAAUAAAGUGCAUUAAUCUGACUGAUGCGUCUGUGUGUUUAAUAAAGUGCAUUAAUCUGA